CCCGGAUUCCAGAAUCCAUUUUCUUCUGUUAAAAGAAAUGGCUACCUCUUCUUCUUCUUCUUCUUCUUCAACCCACCACUGCAUUAAAGUCUUAUAAUUUCCAGGAAUACCAAUGUCUGUCUUCAAAACCCUCCUUAAGCCCCAAAAAAAUCCUCUCUACUUUUCACUCAAAUCUCUUCCAAUUUCCUCACGCUUUUACAGUUCAACCACCUCCACCACAACGCCUUCUUCACCCCAAGAAAACAAGAAACCAAUAGAUGUUAUUUUCAAAGAAGCUGUUGGGUUAUGCAAAAAAGCAGAAGGGAAUUGCGAAGGUGAAAACACAAAUGAGUUGAAGAGCAGAUUGAGGGAACUGGAGAGAGAGGUGAUAGAGUUGAGAGCGAAUUCAAAUGUGAAAAGGAAGGAAUUGAAGAAAAGUAAGAGUUUAUAUGCAGUGUUUACGAAUCAACCUGGAUACGGUGAGAGGACAAGGGAACAAGUGCCAGAAGUUUAUAAUGAGCUCUCGCCAGAUAUGGAAUUGUUUGUGAAUCAUUUGUACAAGGAAGGGUAUUUCAACAAUGCCAAUUUCUUGCGAGGGAAUAAGUUGGAAUUCGGUUGUUUCCAGAGUCGCUAUGGCCGGGAUUUUAUUAAGUUUGCGGCUGAGAAGUUUUCCCUGGACCAUCAAGAAAUUGCAAAAUGGUUAUCAGCAAGUGACUUGAAAAAGGUUGCCCUCUUUGGUUGCCCUUCACUUACAAAAAAGAAUGUUUUUGCUGCUAAAAGACUGAGAAAGUUUUUUGAGAUUCAAGAAAACACUAUUUGUAGUAAAUGCGUUCUAAAACAGUCGUGCAAGUUUGUGAAUCAGAGUGUGUGGAAAGGUGACACCAAGAACUUAAACUUAGCUGUUGUGAUGAGGGUUAUCAUUUUGUAUGCUUUGGAGUUGGUGCGACCAGAGCUGGGAAUGCCCAAUGAAAUACAGGUUUCUGUCAGUAGAUUGCUGAAGGAGGUUUUGAAACUAAGCCAAACUAUGUCAUGAAAUGAGAACAUACUUGCAGGAUCUGCAUGUCUUUCCGGGUAACGGAGGCUUAAAUCACACUCUAAUUGCGUUCCUCCCAUUUAUCAUAUGAAUUCUACACACUUCCUCCCCCAUUGUUUUUACAGGGCCAAUAAUUAUUUAUCAUACGAAUUCUACACACUUCCUCCUCCAUUGUAUUUACAGGGCUAAUAAUUAUAAGAAUAGAAUCAAUGUGAGUAAACCUUCUCCUGGGGAUCAAGAAAUUAUCAUGGCAGCGUGCACUAAUCAGAAAUUCAUUUUUCAGAUGAGGGUAAUUCUUCGGUACCCUUUUUUGUACCCACUAUUAGGCAAUCUUGAUGCAGGAGGCAAUGGGAAGACAUAUUGAUUAUAUUUUAUUUGAUUUUCUGUAUCAAGAGCAAUUUUGUAAUUUCAUAAUAUUUUGGAAUAGGCUGUGCUAACAGUCCAUUAGAUCUUCUUUUGGGUAUUAUUUUAAGUUUGGUUAUUUAGUUGGGCUUAGUAGUAAAAGCCUAAGUUCAAGUCCAAGUCUUAUUUGGGUUUUAAGAAAUCCUAGUUUGACUAGGAUUAUGUAUUAGUCUUCUAUUUAAAGAGUUGUAGUACUUUCUAUUGAGUUGAUUAUUAAUGAAUGUUUUCAGAAUUUAAGA